AAUUUUACGAUUCAUGGCGAAUGAAUCUAAUUUGAUGGAAAAAAUAAGGCCUCAUAGAUUUUUUUGGUGUAAUAGCGACCUCAAAUAUAGGGACACUGCAGCAAGUAAAAUAAAAUGGGAAGAGAUAGGGAAGAUAUAUGAAUUAAACUAUGAGCAAAUAAAAAAAAAGUUCACAGCUAUAAAGUCAAAAUUUAAUAAAUAUUAUUCCCUUUCAAAAAAAUCAGGUUCUGGUGCUGCUAUGAUAAGCAGUAGGCACUUGAAAUUUAUAGAAGAUUAUUUUUGGCUAAAAGAAAAUGUGGAAGAUAUUUGUAAGAAUGCAGAGGCAAGUUUUAGUUUGGAUCAAAUAUCUUCACAUGAUUAUGAACAAAAUAUCCAAGAUGAUGUGAAUGUACAAACAUCAUCACAGGAUUAUGAACAAUAUCCAAGAUGUGGUGAAUGUACAAACAUCAUCACAGGUAUUAUAACAUGA